UCGUCUCCACGGCUCCACCCCCUAAACCCAGCCAGCCCAAGCUGACCCGACCCCAGCCAGGGUUUUGUUCCCCAGUCCCAGUCCCCUCACAGCCCACUCCAUGGCGGCCUCUCGAGCUCUCCUCUCCCGCACCCUCCUCCGCCUCAAGAUCUCGUCUCCUCUCAUCUCACCCCUCUCCUCCGCCCACGCCCAUCUUCACGGAGGAGGCCCUUCGCCGCCGCCGCCGCGGCCCUUCGGCGAUUGGCGGCGCGCGUUCCACGACGGGCGCCCGCGCGGGCCGCUGUGGCGGAGCAAGAAGCUGAUCGGGAAGGAGGCCCUGUUCGCCAUCCAGGGGAUGAAGCGGUUCAAGGGGGACGAGGAGAAGCUCAAGGCCUUCGUCAAGCGGAGCGUGGCGCGGCUGCUCAAGGCGGACAAGCUCGCCGUGCUAGGCGAGCUCGAGCGCCAGGAGGAGGUCGAACUAUCCGUCAAGAUGUUUAAGAUCAUGCAAAAGGAGGACUGGUAUAAGCCAGAUGUUUACAUGUACAAGGAUUUAAUUAUUGCUCUAGCCAAGUGUAAGAAGAUGGAUGAAGCAAUGGAAAUCUGGGGUAACAUGAGAGAUGAGAAACUGUUUCCUGACUCACAGACUUAUGCUGAAGUCAUAAGAGGAUUUUUGAGAUAUGGUUCCCCAUCAGAUGCAAUGAAUAUUUACGAGGACAUGAAAAGGUCACCUGACCCACCAGAAGAAUUGCCUUUCAGGGUAUUACUGAAGGGUCUUUUACCUCACCCACUAUUAAGGAACAGAGUGAAGCAAGAUUUUGAAGAGCUGUUCCCAGAGAGGCAUAUCUAUGAUCCUCCAGAAGAAAUAUUUGGAAUGCACUAAGGUUGAAAUUUUAUGUCCUCAAACCUGCUGAGCUUAAGACUUUAUCAGAUCAGCCAAUUUCUCCAGUGAUUAUUGGAUUACAAGUAUCACGAGAAUCCAGAUAUUUGAUGCUUGGAGUGAAAUUUGUCAGGUGAUAUACAUAAAAUUUAUGAAUGGUCAUAUUGCAUAGAGAAACAAAAAGAUCGUUCUGUUGGUCAGAUUAGUUAUAUCGAUGGUUACACAAAUUCCAUUGUCCAGGCAAUCUCCUUAAAUAUCAGGUCAUUGAUUUACCUGAACAACUGCCACCGUGUGUCCAUGUAAUCCAGGUUAUUGUGAGAAGCAGUAACAUGCAAUAGUGACCUUUUUUGGGUCCACUUCUAUGAUUAGGUUGUUAGAAUAGUACACUGCUCACUUUUCAUGAUGUUUCCUUCCCUAACCACUUGAGAAAUCUACUUUUGAUGAAUA